GGCUGGGCUGUGUUUGUGGUCUGCAGCCGAAGACCUUGCCUGAAUAUCAUAUUCCAAGCCCUAGCCCACGUUUCCUUUGUGCUUCUGUGAUUCUGCUUUGCUCUUGGAGUAUGGAGCCUUCUUUGAUGGGAAGAAGUGAGAACAGGCUAGGACAGCAGGACCUCCUCAUCGCUUUCCCCAGGAGCAGAGCUGCCAGGUUGGAACCAGAGAUGAUCUCCCCAAUGGAGAGAGCAGCACCAAGGAGGAUGGAGAGGAAGGAGGCAGGAGAGCCCUGUCCAGAUGGACUGUCUCUGAACCUUGCCCUUCCUCAAGAGGUGAGCCCAGAGGAGAAUGGAGUGAUCACAGGGGGCCUGAUGGCCCAAGGUGAGGAAGCAGUGACGUUCAGGGACGUGGCUGUGGACUUUACAGAGGAGGAAUGGGGGUGCCUGAGCCCGGCUCAGAGGGAGCUCUACUGGGAGGUGAUGCUGGAGAACUACAGGAACUUGGUGUCCCUGGUCUGGGACACAAGAUUGGAGAACCAGAAAUUAGUGGAAACACAAGAAGUAUCAUCAGGCACAUUCAUGGGAAGAGGAAAUAUUCUUCAGAAUGACCUAGUGGAGGAGAGUCCUGUUGAGGAAUUCAGGCUGUGGGAGCAAAUGAGAAAUCUUGCAGUGGAAGCUCCAGAGGAAGUCCUUGCCCAAGAAGGGGACUUCAGUGAACUGACUCUCCUUCCCAAGGAAACCUCCAGUGGUCAGAGAGGUGAUGAAUACAAUGACUUUGAGAGUAAAUCCAGGCACACAAGCUCAUGCCAUCAUAACAGAUGUCGGAAUCUCUCCUAUUACCAGCCAACCUUUAUUCCACACGAGAGGCUACAGAGGACUGAGAGGGCCUCUGAAUGUGAGGACUAUGAAAAGGCUGUUAGCCAGAACUCACAUCCUGUCCAACCUCAGAGUGUUCGUACUAUAAAGAAACCUUUUGAAUGUAAGGAAUGUGGAAAGUGUUUUAGCUGGAGUUCAGGACUUAUUGAACAUCAGAGAAUUCACACUGGAGAGAAACCAUACAAAUGUAAAGAAUGUGGGAAGGCCUUCAGCCAAAACUCAACUCUUACUCGCCAUGACAGAAUUCACACUAGAGAGAAACCAUAUACAUGUAAGGAAUGUGGGAAGGCCUUUACCUACUCUUCAUCCCUUAUUAAACAUAAAAGAAUUCAUAGUGGAGAAAAACCCUAUGGAUGUAAUGAAUGUGGGUCAGCCUUCAGGCAUAGGUCAUAUCUCACUAAACACCAGAAAAUACACAAUGAAGAGAAACAUUACAUAUGUAUGGAAUGUGGGAAGGCUUUCACACGGAGCUCACACCUUCUUCAACAUCAUAAAAUUCACACUGGAGAGAAACCCUAUAAAUGUAAGGAAUGUGGGAAGGCCUUCAUCCAGAUCUCAGCCCUUAUUAUGCAUGAAAGAACUCACAGUGGAGAAAAACCUUAUAAAUGUGAGGAAUGUGGAAAAUUCUUCAGUCAGCGCUCCAAUCUUGCACAACAUCAUAAAAUUCACACUGGAGAGAAACCUUAUAAAUGUAAAGAAUGUGGGAAAGCCUUCAGCCAGAGCUCAGCCCUUACCACACAUGAAAGAAUUCACAGUGGAGAGAAACCUUAUGAAUGUGAGAAAUGUGGAAAAUCCUUCAGUCAACGCUCAAACCUCACUCAGCAUCAGAGAAUCCACACAGGAGAGAAACAUUAUGAAUGCCAGGAAUGUGGAAAGUGUUUUAGCUGGAGUUCAGGACUUAUUGAACAUCAGAGAAUUCACACUGGAGAGAAACCAUACAAAUGUAAAGAAUGUGGGAAGGCCUUCAGCCAAAACUCAACUCUUACUCGCCAUGACAGAAUUCACACUAGAGAGAAACCAUAUACAUGUAAGGAAUGUGGGAAGGCCUUCAUCCAGAUCUCAGCCCUUAUUAUGCAUGAAAGAACUCACAGUGGAGAAAAACCUUAUAAAUGUGAGGAAUGUGGAAAAUUCUUCAGUCAGCGCUCCAAUCUUGCACAACAUCAUAAAAUUCACACUGGAGAGAAACCUUAUAAAUGUAAAGAAUGUGGGAAAGCCUUCAGCCAGAGCUCAGCCCUUACCACACAUGAAAGAAUUCACAGUGGAGAGAAACCUUAUGAAUGUGAGAAAUGUGGAAAAUCCUUCAGUCAACGCUCAAACCUCACUCAGCAUCAGAGAAUCCACACAGGAGAGAAACAUUAUGAAUGCCAUUGACGUUCAUUCAGAGGAAGGACCUUUACCGUCUGAGGAUUCAUGCUGGAGAAAUGCUCUGUAGAAAUGUAAUGACUGGAGGCAGCUAGGUGGCACAGUGGAUAGAGCACCAGCCCUGAAAGCAGCAGGAUCUGAGUUCAAAUCUGGCCUC